CUCCCCCUGCACCUCUAGCACUCCCCCUGUUCCCCUGCAUCGGCCUGUGCUCACACCUUCCCACCGCUGGGUUCUCCGUCCGCCUUCUCUCCUCCCCCGACCCCCGUCCACCGCUUCACCCCUCCUCUUACAUCUCCUUCUAAGCGCCCGGCGGCGCUGCACAUCUCUCACAUACCCCCAGGCCACCGCAAAUCUUGAUCUCGAACACAUCGCUCACUUCCCGUUAGCGGUCUCGACAUGCGCCUGCGCCUCGCCCUCGCUCGUCUGGCGCUUGUCACCACCCUGGUCGGGCACGCUUUCGCCCAAGACAACGCGGGAGGUAACAACGGCGAUGGUGGAGGCAAUCAGAAUCCCACACCCACUCCUGCUCCCAGUGGGAGCGCAAGUGGGAUCAGCGGUAACAGCAACAACUCUUCCGCACCAGCAUCGGCGGGCAGCAGCAACCGCACGUCGGGCGCCGCAUCGGCCACCUCGCUCGUUGCAGGCCAAGUGAUCGCGACCACCAUCACGAGCCUUAUCCCUGGCCCUAGCGGCACGCAGACCAACGUCUUCACUUUCACAUUUACGGUCGGGCUGAACGGCUCGACCGACGGCCUCAACAACAACGGCACACUAACGAACGGCACAGCAAGCGGCAACGGCACUAUUUCGAACGAAACAAUUCCAUGGAACGAUACACUCUCUUACCUUCCCUUCUCGCCCAAGCUCGAUGCGGCGUACGGCCUCGGGGGUGCCCUCCUCAUCCUCUCUGGCAUCCCCGUGGCGACGCUAGGCGGCAAGAACCGAUGGAGCGCCUUGGCGAUUGUCUCAGGCUACACCGUCGCCUUCUUCUGUCUCGUCAUCAUUCUAUCUUUCGGUGUGACGCCGGCCCUGGAGCCACCCUCUCCCAAUCCUCCGACCGACGCCAUGCGAGGCCUCUACCUCCUUGCGGUAGGCAUCUCGUGCAUCGUCGGCGCGGGACUUGGAAUCUUCUUCUUCACCUUCGCCAAGUAUUGGGUCGGGGCCGCUGGUGGCUUCUGCCUUGGAUGGUUCCUUCUCGCCCUCCGCAAGGGCGGCCUGGUGCGAGACACUGGGCCCCGUUGGGCCAUUCUUGGCUCCUUCACUUUGGCAGCGCUUGUUGCCGCUUUCAUCCCCAAGGCUCAUGAGUACGUCCUACUCGUCGCUAGUGCACUGGUCGGCGCCACCGCCUUCACCCUAGGCGUCGACUGCUUCACCCGCGCGGGCCUCAAGGAGUUCUACGUAUAUAACCUCGGCUACCCCCAGCUUUUCCCUUCCCUCAACGGUGGCAAGUACCCCUUGACCCAGUCUAUGCAGGUCGAGAUUGGUGUCGUUGCUGCCGCCACUCUGAUCGCCGCCCUCAUCCAGUUCAAAGUCGUCAACCUCCUCCAAAAGAGGCGCAAGCAGAUCGUUGAGGAUGAGGAGGCGCGUCGCGAGGCUGAAGAGGUCGCUCGUGCCGCCGAGAACUUCAAGAAUGUCGACGCUGAGCUGGCUGAGUGGGAGGGCAAGCAUGGCGACGGCAGCGGCAAGGGCAGCAGCAUCUUGACCCCACCGCCGAACAUGCGCAACCUUCCCGGCUUUGAGGACGGCCAGGCCAGCGGCUCCAACUCCACUCUUGCCAUGAGCUCUCCUCGCAAGCAACCUCAGCCGAUCGCACCCGAGCUGCAGGUUAACCCUCGCCGCAUGAGUCUCCUUGAGGAGAUGGGCUAUCGCGAUGAGGAGCUGCCCACUAGUCCCCAGACUCCCACUUUGCUCGUUCACGACACCGAUCCUGAAAUAGAGCAAAAGCUUCAGCUGCUCGCCGAAGUCCGUCGUCAGCGCCAAGACUUGCAAUCGUCCAUGGGCAAUCUACGCACCUCCUUCCACGACACCCGAGGCGCAGGCGAGAGCGGCUCGAUCAGCUCGCAAGGCAGUGGUCGCCCUGCGACUGUAAUCAGCGUCAUGGAUCGCGGACGUGGAGCGGCUCCGAGUCAGCCUGUGAGCAUGCACUCGCGCGCCAAUUCGUCAUCGAGCUUGCAGCUACUUGACGGCGUGCACCAACGCAAGGAUUCGAACGCCAGCAGUCGCCUCCUGGAUGACCGCCCCCGCAGCCGCCACCUCUCCGGCACCAGCAGUCGUCUACUGGGUGACGAUGACUUCUACGCGCGCCGCGACUCACGCUCUCUCGGAAACAGCUUUGAUGAGCGCCGCUCGCCACGGACUAUUCUUCCCGGCGAGUAUAGCGCAACCGACCUUGGCCCUCGACUAUCUUUGGCAGAGAGUCCCGCCCGGCCCACUGAAGUCCUCCGUGUGGACAGCAACGAUGCUCCGCCGAUGUCAGAGUGGCAGCGACGAAACUCGGAAUGGGAGGAGUAUGUCAAGAGCCGCAAUGUCCAAGGCACUUCAGCUCCUGCCCCUGCCUUAGACAACGAUAUGACCGUCGUCUCGACCAGCGUGGCCCGCGCCAUCUCGCAGCGCAACGAGGGAGUGCCUCGCACCGCAGACCGCACCCCUGGCCAGGAGUACGGGGCCAACUUGAUGCGGGCGCUCUCGAUGGACAUGCAGCGCGCCUCCGCCCUCCCUCCUCCCGCUGCUCCGCGGCCAACACCUAACGAGCGUGCGCCGCGCACCGCUCCGCGUGCUAUGACGACUGAGGAACUUGCUGAGCGCCACCGCGACAAGCUCUCCAAGCUGCAGGACACGGUGACUGCACCGAUCCGGGAGCAGAUUGCUGUUGCCAACGCCCGCGACGAGUGGUCCAAAGCACAGGCACGUGAGCGCGAUGAGCAGGCCCGCCGAGAACGCGAACGUGCCGACCCUUCGCGCGCCCCCAAACACGAACGUGGCGACACCGCCAAGGAGCGCUCGGUGGGCGACGUGCUCACAAGCCGCUCGCCACCGCGGCCCCAGGACCGUCGGCGGCGCACCGAGGAGUGGCGCAACAGCGUACCGCUCUCACCGCCGAAGCCUGCGGUCAAGCCCGCGGCCGCCAAGCCAGCCACCGUUAUCCCGCCUGUGGCGCCAGCGCUCCCGCGCUCCUCCUCGCAGCCGAUGGCCAAAUCGCCGCCUGCUGCCAGCACCUCCCUCCCCAUCAUCGAACGCCGGACACCACGCCGCGCCAGCAAAGCCAACAUAAACAUUGCAUAGGUAUCCUCUCAUCUGCGGCGUAUUUCGAUACCUGCUUCGCAUCUCAUACCCUCCCACGAAUUGUAUACGCAUCAGAGGUGACAUAUUAUAAACAUUUAGGACAAG